GCGAUCUACGUGGCGCGCGAGAUGGACUCCGCGCGGUCGAACGAGCUAGUGAAUGACAUCUUCAAUUCUGGCAUCGACAACGUGAUUGUGCUGGAGCCGCUGAUCCCGAUCGACUGCGUGAAAUGGGUCAAGGACAAGCACAACAACUUCCACGCGGGGGCCAGGACUAACUUCCUGGAGUGCCUUGAGGCCCGGGCUGGGUUGGCCGCCCGGGGGCCCGCGAGCUUCGGCGGGGGCUUGGCCAACCUGGCCAAUCAAUGCUCCGUGCGAGCGCUUGGCGCUUGGCGCCGCCAAGCGCUCGCACGGAGCCACGGAGCCAAGUUGGCGGUAGCCCUCGCCGAGAAGUAUCCAUUGAUCUUCAAGUCGUUCAUUAUGUACAAGCAGUGCUCCGUGGUUGCGACGCGCUUGGCCGAUCUCGGCAUCAUGGGGUCGUUCAAGAACUACUGCGAGACCAAAGUCGAGUUCCUGAACGCCAAGCUGCACAGCGAAGUCGUCAUCGAACUCUGCGCCACGGCAAUCAAGAUGAUGGACGAUCACUUCUCCCAGACCAUGGGGGCGGAGCAGAAGGCCGCGAUGCUCGCGGAGAUCCUCGAGUUCACAGUGCCCACCACAGAGCAGCAGUCCGAGAACAACAGCCUCAGCCGCGGGUGCCCGUGGCUAUUGGAUUCCCGCGAGUCGAAGGCCAAGAUUGAUUGGCUGGCGACUCCGAUGGGCGGCAGCGUUGUCUAUAAGACCGACGGCAAUAAGAAGAAGAGGAAGGUGGAGGCGGCCCCGAAAGGAAGGAAGAAAGCUAACCCGAAGCAGACUGCGGCGCCCGUGCCCGAGGAGGUUCUCAGCGCGAGGGUCGCGGAUCAGUCGAGGGAGAAGUAUUUCCUGGACGACCUCUUGAGCGCCACCAUGGCCCCGCUCGCCCAGGUUGCCGCCGCGGACAUCAACGGGAACGUCUUGAACUUCUGCCACCGCGUCGGCAUCCACUUCUGCUUGAAUGGGGAGGUCACGAUCAAUUGCAAGACCUUCAACUCCUGGUCGAAGCUCCGCCGCGAGAUCAGGGGGGAAUCGAUCAAGGGCCACGCCCACAUCUUGAGGAAGAUAAUGGGGGUCGGUGACUUUGGCGAGGACCUCGGGGCCCAGGGCGGGGGGCAAGGGGGGCAGCGCGAUUGGCUGGCGGCCGCGUCGGCUUGGCCGACUCCGACGCACUCCGACCCAGGGCAGACUCCAGUGCCAAGGGUUGCCUUGUUCGAGGAGUCCUCCGAGGAUGUGUUCAAUGAAGUCAUGCGCCGAUUGGACGAGGCUCAGCCUGGCGAAGUAUCAGGCUCUGGCACGCGCACCGACCCAGCGACGGCCCCAUUCUUCAACGACCGCGACUUCGUCUUCCACGUGACAGGGUUGCACAAUGCGAAUCCGUUCACGACUCCCGUCACCAUGCACCCAGCAUUUCUGCUAGCAUCCCAUCAUAUCUCGUCAGAGCUCAAGACGCUUGGGAGGCCGGCGCAGCUGCGGACGGUUGUGACCAUCGUCUGCAGGGAGAUGUUCAACGUAUUCCAUGCGAAGUGGGCCACGUUUGGUCGGAAGCUCCUGGAGAUGCUGAACGCUGACAGCAGCGUGGACGCGGCCUCGAUCUCCCUGGGCAUCUUUGAGAGCGCAGGCGAGAUCCAGCGCUCAUUCGGCUUGCGCGCCAACUACGUCGUCAACCUGCUGCAGAGCUGCUGCUGCGGCCCCGCCUCCAUCGUGAAGGACGACGUUUCCGUUGGUCUCGAGGCCUUGAAGAGCAACCUGCACCACGUCGCCCCCUUCGACCUCUGCGCGGCCGACUUGGAGCAGUCGGUCUCCUGGUGGAUCGAGGCGCUUCAUCACUUCUACGAGAGCGAGCCUCAGGACGCCAUCGAGAAGUUGGCGGCGUCCGCGAACCUGGGCGAUGCCAAGCUCCAGAGCGCCCUGGAGUUGUCGGCGGCGGCGGCGGCGGACGCGGCUGCCGAGGCUCAGGCGGCGGCCGCAGCCGGGCCCCCCUCGGCCGCCAAGGGCGAGAACUCCGUCCCCGAGGAAUUCGCAUCGUACAAGUUCAAGACAUUGGGCUUCAUGCGCAGGCAGUGGACGGAGGAUGGCUCAGUCGAGGCUGGGCCAGUGGCGAGCCAGUUCAUGCUCGAGCUGGAGGCGUUCAUCCACCGUGUCGCCAUCGUUUCGAGCGAGGCGGUCGUGACCACCACUGCCGAGCCCAAUGUCCUGCAGCCAGAGCAUGGCACGGAUGAGCUCGCGAUCGGCACCAACGCGGCGGACGCCAAGGAUGCGGUCGUCGUGGCCCCCGUUCUGAAGGACACCUUGGCCAUGAACUUUGCUGGCAAGGUGGUUC